AUGGCACCCGCAGCGACGAAAAACACCACAACUACCACAAAACCAAUGGUGUCUCGCUCCUCGACAAGGAUCAGCAGGCAGACACCUGCAUCUACACAAGGUGAGUCGCCAGCUCCACUGCCCAUGACUGAUGAGUCUGGCAAUGGAGAGGAUAGGGCACACUCUCUGCGAUCGAGGGUUGAGAGAGACUUGGAGGAUAAAGAGGAAUCCGAGCGGGGCAAUGAUUCGACCCCAGUGCAGAGCCAAUGCCACCCUGCAGCUGUCCCUAAGGUUGGCAAUGGGAGCAACAUUGCUGGCCCAAUCGGACCCGAGACCGCCUCUCAGCUGAGCUUAACAUGA